GAGCGGAAGUGCCGGAGUUGCCGCCCGGCGCUGCCGCCGAGCGCGGGGGAAAGUUGGGCUCCCUCAGCGCGGCGGGGGCGGCCGGGCCGCGCUCCCUUCUUCGCUGCUUCACCGUCUCCUCCUCCCCGGCGGCGGCUCCGAUGCGGCGGAAGCAGAAGCGGCUGCUGCAGGCGGUGGGGCUGGCGCUGGUCGCCCUCGUCUUCUUGCCCAACGUGGGGCUCUGGUCCCUUUACCGUGAGCGGCAGCUGGAGGGCGGCGGGGCGGCCGGCGGGGAAGGAGCCGCCGCCGCGGGGCUGCCGGGGGCAGCGGCCGGCGAAGCGCCGGUAUCAUACGCGAGGCAAAAGAAAGACCCUUACUUUGGUGAUGGACAAAGGAUAAAGGACUGGCAUAACAAAGAUGCUAUAAGGAGGGACUCCGAGCGUGUAGGAAAUGGAGAGCAGGGAAAACCUUACCCAAUGACUGAUGCAGAGCGAGUGGACCAAGCAUACAGGGAAAAUGGCUUUAAUAUCUUUGUGAGUGAUAAAAUUUCUCUGAAUCGUUCCCUUCCAGACAUCAGACAUCCAAACUGCAAGAAUAAGCUGUACCUGGAGAAGCUGCCGAACACGAGUGUGAUAAUACCGUUCCACAACGAAGGAUGGUCCUCUCUCCUCCGGACAGUGCACAGUGUCCUCAACCGCUCCCCUCCCGAGCUGAUAGCAGAGAUAGUGCUGGUGGAUGACUUCAGUGACAGAGAACACCUAAAGAAACGCCUGGAAGAUUAUAUGGCCCAGUUCCCAAACGUAAGAAUCCUCCGAACCAAAAAGAGAGAAGGGCUGAUAAGAACGCGCAUGCUGGGGGCCUCUGUGGCCAUAGGGGACGUCAUUACCUUCUUGGAUUCCCAUUGCGAGGCCAAUGUGAACUGGCUGCCUCCUCUGCUGGAUCGCAUUGCCCGAAACCGCAAGACUAUCGUUUGCCCUAUGAUUGAUGUUAUUGAUCACGACCACUUUGGAUAUGAGACUCAGGCUGGAGACGCAAUGCGAGGUGCAUUUGACUGGGAGAUGUAUUACAAGCGGAUCCCUAUUCCUCCUGAGUUACAGAAGCUUGAUCCCAGUGAUCCCUUUGAGUCUCCUGUAAUGGCUGGAGGACUGUUUGCAGUCGAUAGAAAGUGGUUCUGGGAGCUGGGAGGGUAUGAUGCAGGUCUGGAGAUAUGGGGAGGAGAGCAGUAUGAAAUAUCCUUUAAGGUAUGGAUGUGUGGAGGUCGCAUGGAGGACAUCCCGUGCUCUAGAGUUGGACAUAUCUACAGAAAAUAUGUUCCAUACAAGGUUCCAACAGGAGUCAGCCUGGCAAGAAACUUGAAGCGUGUGGCCGAGGUGUGGAUGGAUGAAUACGCAGAGUACAUAUACCAGCGCAGACCGGAGUACCGGCAUCUUUCUGCAGGGGACGUCGCGGCUCAGAAGGAACUUCGCAACAACCUCAACUGCAAGAGCUUCAAGUGGUUCAUGAACGAGGUCGCCUGGGACUUGCCGAAGUUUUACCCACCAGUGGAGCCUCCGGCAGCUGCCUGGGGAGAGAUACGCAAUGUAGGAACUGGACUGUGUGUGGACACUAAACAUGGUGCCCUGGGAUCCCCACUGAGGCUGGAAAACUGCGUGAAGGACAGAGGAGAGGCAGCAUGGAACAACGUGCAGGUGUUCACGUUCAGUUGGAGAGAAGACAUCCGUCCUGGGGAUCCUCAGCAUACCAAGAAGUUUUGUUUUGAUGCCAUUUCCCACAGCAGUCCUGUGACCCUCUAUGACUGUCACGGAAUGAAGGGGAACCAGCUCUGGAGAUACCGAAAAGACAAGACCCUCUUCCAUCCAGUAAGCAGCAGCUGUAUGGACUGCAGUGAGAGUGACCGAAAGAUCUUUAUGAACAGCUGCAAUCCUUCAUCUCCAACGCAGCAGUGGAUAUUUGAACAUACAAACUCAACCGUCUUGGAAAAAUUUAACAGAAACCUUGAUCUUUAAAAGACUGAGAAAACAUAUAUAUUUUACAAUUAUAGUUUUUACUGGGGAGGGUUGCAAAAGAUUUUUUUAAGAAUACUUUUUUUUAAACAGUUCAUGAAGGUAAAAGGGAGAAUCUCAGGAGAAGGUUAACUAGCAGGCCAGUCUUUAUUGUGAAGAUGCUGCAUCCUUCUCUUCUGAGGAUGGUGAAAUUUCAAAGGCUUUGCCGGAGCCACUUCUGUGCUGAGACUGGAGCAGAAACUCUGUUUUUAGAGGAGUCUGAAUGUGAUUCAAACUGCUUUUUGCCUUUUUUUUUUCACUGUUGUUUCCCACCUGGGUCUGAUGUUAAAUGAUUUUCUUAUCCAGGAGCCUCCAGGACGUUCUGUAGCUGCUAUACCACCUGCUGAAGUGUUCCCACAUACGUGUUUUAUCUCCCAAAGUCCACAUAAGUAAAAUCUUGAACGUGAGAUUUAGUCCUUUGAUAAAAAAAAAAGGCCAUCAAAAUGUAAAACGAAGUUAAUUUUUUUUUUUUUCCCUAAACAAAGAUGUAUUUCAAACAGAUUGAAUAUUAUUACUUUCCAAAUCGUAGCUCUGAUAAAGGAAUGAGCUCUAGUGGAAGUGCAGCCAAGUGUUGGGAAUAUUGCUGUAGUUGAUAGUGAUGAGAAAUCUGAGUUUCUAGUCACUUCACUUUACAGUCAGUUUGUCGCUCACUGUUGACUCUUCAGGGUGAAAGGUGAGCAGAGGGUUUUUAACUAAGCAUGGUCAAGAUUUUUGCCAAGAGCCUUUGGAUAUCAGGUUCUAAAUUGGCCUCUUAUUCAGAAUCUUUCUAACACGGACACCUCUAGGGUUUCUCAGAGUUAAAUCUACUACAUGAGGGCAACUUCCAUUUUUUCCUUUAGAGUUUUAAAGGCUAACUUAAUUUACAGUUGGUGUGAGCAGAUUCAUUCAGGAUGAUUAAGUCAGGGUUGAGAUUAGCCAUUGGUCUGUACCCAUUAGUCCAUCAGUCUGUAGUUUGCUGCGGUCACGAGUCCUGUGGUCAGUAGUGUUCUAGGCUUGUGGGAAUGUGCUGUUAAUCUCUCCUUUUUUCCCCCAACAUCCACAGCACUGUACAGUUUACUGUGACUGGAAAUCUGUGCUUAGGCAGAUGUGGGAUUGAUGGGCCCAUUUCACUGGUGCCCUGUCCCUUGUGUAGUCAGUUAGCAACACCAAGGUGUUACCCUUCUGGUUUGGCUGCAGGAUCUGCCGGACACUGAACCAGAGUUGUCUCUGGAAAAAAGUUCUGCCACUGAAGAAUGAAUGGAGGACCCUUGGUUUUGAGUCUGAGCGAGUGUUUAAAAAAGAAAACCCAAUCUGGUUUAAAAUGAAGUUGUUGCAAAAACAGAUUUACUGGUUCAUCUGACUUAGCCUUAAGCUGAAAGCAGCAGUGGCAUUUUUUAGUAAAAGCUGUGAAUGACGGUGCAGUUAACCAUUUGCAAAGAUGCUGCGUAAAUCAGUGAAACUGGUCUUUUUUGGUAAUUGCCCGGUUCCGCGGUUUGUCCCAUUGCCCAUGCAGGAGUGUUGCAGGGGUAGGUGGAGUGCAGGCAGCUCUGGGGUGCCAGGCUGAAACACUCGGGGGGGGGAGCGGGACGGCCCUCUGGUGAGAGCUGGAGCUGUUCAGCCUGGAGAAGAGAAGCUGAGAAGGGAUCUUAUCAAUGCUUACAAGUAUCUCAAGGGUGUGUGUCAAGAGGAUGGACCAGACUCUUUUCAGUGGUGCCCAGCGACAGGAUGAGGGGCAAUGGGCACAGGCUGAAACACAGGAGGUUCCAUCUGAAUAUAAAGAGAAACUUCAUUCCUUUGAGGUGCCAGAGCCCUGGACCAGACUGCCCAGAGAGGUUGUGGAAUCUCCUUCUCUGGAGACAUUCAAACCCACCUGGACAUGAUCCUGUGAGAUCUGCUUUGGUGAAGCUGCUUUAGCAGGUGGGUUGGACUGGAUGAUCUCCAGAGGUCCCUUCCCACCCCAACCACUCUGUGAUUCUGUGAGUCUGGUGUUUUUGAGGCUGUGUAGGGCUGUGUCUGUAAACCAGGAGCAGACUGGGGCAUGACCAGCUGCCUCUCAGGUCUGAUGUAUUGACUAUGAAGUUCAAAAUCAUUAGCAAGUUGCUCAUCCUUACAGCUCAGGCCAUGCCUGACCAUUUCUGCCAACUUACCGGGCCCAUGCAGUCACGAAGCAGAGGAAACACGAGCGCUGUGUUGCAGCUGGGAACCAGGCUUGCCAAAUGUGUUUGGUGUCUAAUAUUUUGGGAGUGGAGAAAGCUGUAGGCUUUGCUUGUGACAGUUUUGCAGCAGUAUUGCUAUGGAAGUGAGACCAGUGUCAGACAGCGUUGACAUUUUAUGUUCUCUGUACCUACAAUAUGUCUGUCAUUAGGAUCCCUUUUCAUUCCUAUGGGAGGCAGAGCCACCUUCCAGUGUUUUGUGUCUGGUUGCUGCUUUCCUUAAGUUAUUAAUGCUCUCAUUAGCCUAGUAGUGCUGACAGUGGAUUGCUUGAUGGCCUGACCAGAUGUCUUUAUGAAUGUUUCAAUACCUGUGGAACAAGAAGCUGUUUGUCCAUGAACAGUGCUAGUUUUUUACAAUUGGGACACAAUCAGCAAACGAUAUAAAUGGACUGUAGGUCGUUCUGCUUGCAGCUUGCAACUUUGUGUGUCUUAGUUUCUAAUGAGAGGAUUAACUUCCAUUUCUAAAAUGCAUGGCUUGCUUUGUACUUGGGCUCACCUUGUGAAGAGAGCCCUCGCUGCUCGGCUUGCUGGACGCUUGCUUCAGAGAGAACUGCAGUAACGAACAGGUCUUUUACCACUUAGUGAUCUUAAUUUGGAGAGAAUGGACGACUCUUAGCGGUUUGUACCGAAAGAUAGGUAACGGUUGAGGCGAUUCCUGUUUGACAACCAACCACCAGUACAUGGAAGCUGGAGCUUUAGUGUGAGUGGUCCUACUGGAUCCUUCUCAGUAUGGUUGAUCUGAUCUGUUUUCUGAAGGUCUGGGAUCUGAGUGUGAUAAGUGCCCCACAAAUUCUGUACACUUCCGACUGGCUCACUGGGCCUCAAGCUAUUAAUUUAUUUGCAUCAAUCAUACUUUUCAAUACCCUAGAGGCUUUGCUGACUAAUGAGAAGACUUAAUAUAGCCAACCAUCCACUGAUUGAGAAACAGAAGCUGUAUUUCAUCAUCUACAUCUUUAAUUGAGCCUUUGCUGCGCAAUUUGGUUAAUUAUUCCAAUUACUUUUGGUUAUUUGUAAGCAAAAUUGCCAAAGCAUGAAUACAUAAGCAAAUCUUCACAUCUGCAUGCAAGUCAAGACUGGAGAUUAAAUACCAGUGAUUAUCUAAUGCAAAAUAAAUGUUUUCAUAUUUUUCCCCAAGAGUAUUCAACCCACCCCUCUCUCUGUGGCUGCAUCAAUUCUGCUGCUUUUAAGUAUCAGAAUCCAAACAACAGGGGGAUCCCUGGACGUGUGUUAUGUGGCAAAAUAACACUUUGAUUUGCUCGUGUAGCUGUUGUUGAUUUAUACUGGUGCUAAUUUCUAAGGCCUACAGACAGAGUAGUAGGUCUGGGGCUCUUACCUGCGCACGGUGUCUUUUUUUCAUGCCUGGGAAAUUAACUUUAUUUUCCAUACCACAAGAGAAGCGCGGUGAGCCUUACUGGAGGGGGAGUACAGCAUCAUUAAAAUAAAGAUGUGCCUUUUUACAUGUAAAUGUACAGCAAAUGCUUAAACUUGAACCAUUUCCUAGUGCCUUGCUGGACAAGAGAGAAGAGGGGAAGGGAUUGGGAGAUAAGGAUUUGAGAGGAAGCUUGACUUGUGCAGUGUUUGUGUGUGUUUCUUAAAAUAUCGGACUUCUAAGUGCAAAACUUGUGUGAACAGCUAAAUCAGAAGCUCCUGGGUUUCCAGUGUUAAAUCAAUAGUGUUAAUGACUCUGGGAGGGUGUGUCACUCAGAGGCCGGCAGGUUCCUCCUGGUCCUCUGUAGCAACUAAAGCUGGAUCAGAGGAUGUCUCUGUUUGCUGUUGCACGUUUCACCUCAUGGUGAAGGCUCCUGCAUUUCACUGGCAUGCAAGAUCCUGCAUUUUGUUUUCUAAGUAUCCAAAUCAGAAAUCACAAAUAGUCCCAAAGGGAUAUAAAAUCUGCAGCAGCAGUGUCUUGCAGAAAGUCGAUGCCUUCCAUCACUGGGAAACUUCUAAAGGAUGCGUUCAAAUUUCUCAUACAGAAGUAGCAAGAAAGCGAUUUUUCAGCUCAACUUCAGUCCAAGGCUGGUUUACAAUAGUCUGUGCACAGGGCUUUGCUUUACUGGAGAGUUCCAGUCAGCAAACUUUCCUCCUCACUGCUGCACUGAGACAUCAAUGUAUGGAAAGUCAAGCAGGCACCACCAACAACCAGCAUUGCAGAACACGGUGCUAGUGUAGGAUCAUCACAGUAGCUAUAAUAGCUUGAUGUAUUGAGGAGAGCAGAGGCAUCUCCUAAAAGUCAUAUUGGGCAAUCAUGCUGGGUAAAAAGAGAGAAGCUUUUAUUUUACAUGGUCUUUCAAGAUCUGGGCAGAUACUUGAAUGGUUUUGACUGGUGAUGACAGCUGCUGGCAGUCGGCCUGUCACGCUUUCAGUCAAAAGUGCUCUGGUAAAGUCAUGUCUGAAACAGUCUGGCUCUGCUAGGACAAGGGAUUCAAGCAUACUUUGCAUCCCAUGUCUGCUCACAGCUGCUGCCCUUCAUGUUCCUACUCACCUGCUUGCAACAAAAGAGCCUGGUGGUGCCUCCAUCACUCUUUAUCUGACAAGCAGCAACCUAGGUUUCCAUUUCAACAGCCAUUUAGCAUGAAAAGCUUCUUAAAUAGUUAGGAAACUGAUGCCAAAAUGGUGAGUAGGUUAAUGUCUGAGUCUGGAGGGGUAGGAUUAAAAAAGAUCUUUCACAGGAUACAUAGUGAAGGGGGAGCUGGACUGGGAAUCGGGAGCACUGGGUGCUGCUCCCAGUCUACCAGUGGCCUAUUACUUGAUCCUGAGGAAGACAAGUCUGCGUGCUCCAAUUUCCCAGCCUGUGUAAGAUUUCCAGGGCUUUAUUUGCUGACCUCAUGAGUGUUGAGUCUGUAUUUUAAAAAGAGCUGCAAAUCCUCGCCUAGUUUGAGUGGAGAGCAGAGAUGCAGUGGGUGGAGAAUGGGAAAGCUGAGAUCUGAAGUUUCCAUCAGCAUUCAACACACAGUUGUCAAUUCAUUUCAUAUUCCUUGUUAACCAGUCCAAUUGAUUUAUUCGUGUUAUAAAUUUAAAGCGUAACUGAAAUAAACUCACCUCCUCUGAUUGUUCCUUUGUAGUGUCACGCUCUAUCUUGGAGGUCUGUGUAUGAAGGUAGGCAAUGAUAGAUUAUGGAAAUCCUAAUCAAAAUAAUAUGUCUGGUUUUUGACUCUGCCUCUGCCAGCUGACCAUGUUCCUUUAUUUGCUGCAUUUGAGCUUUCUUGAUGCUUCUGUAUGACCCAAAAGGCUUCAAUGAUUCCAGCAGAUGUGAGGGAUUUGGGAGUUUUAUGUAAAUCCACUGGCUCUAUGUGGUCUUAAAUCUACUAGUUCAACUUUAGGAAAAAAGUAAUCCCAAUUAGGGAGCGAGCAAAUGUGAACUUCAACACCAAACAAGAUAAAAACUGAUCAAGCGAAUAGACUAAAAUGUUAUCCUUUAUGACAACAGUAACAAAUAGCUUUAGCCUCUAGGGUGGAGAAGGGAAUUGGUUUCAAAAUGCAUUCUCCAGGAUCUCGGUGAUAAGGUCCAAGUUUGUCUGUUCCUGUACUGCAUGCAUUUUAUCUGUAAAACUGGAUGGUGCCUCUUGAAUCAGUGUGUAUUUAUUUCUGUGUAUAUUAGGACCAACAGCCUAAUAUCUGGGGGUGGUAAAGGACUUGUAGCACUUUAAUGUAGUAGCUUUCAUAAACUGGGAAUCAUUGAUAGAAUGCCUAGUGUUUUUAAAGUUGAAUGGACUUCCUUUUAUAAUAUAUUUAAAAUAAAUUUUUAAUGUGUUUUCUGAAA